CAUUCUAGAGGCCGAGGAUGAACCCGCGGCAGAGACACGGAUCCCGCAUUCUUUGUCGACGGCCCAGAGUCAAAACUUGUUGGCCCUACAGCUGAACCACCGCCCUCCAAGGUCCCCCCCAGUUAUAGUGCCACUCGCCUUCAGCGCUGCCGCGAAAUCAUUCGCAGAAGCCCCCGUAGUGUCUGCGAGCGACUUCAAGCUCGUGCUAGAUCCUUAGGUACGGCCAGCCGCCAACCACAGGGGAACCCGGAAUCCUUCAAGCCCUGCAGGCCAAGUUCCCGCGCACCUCGACCCCGGAGUGGGUUCGCGGGGAAAAGAGGAGACUCGCAGCUCCUAUGUAUACCUACACUUCUAUGAGACAGCGAUGCAUGGCCAAGGACCCGGGCAAUAAAAGUGAUCAUGUGGCGCGGGUUGAUAUUACUCUCUACCCACAACACCAUCAUCCGGUUGCCGGAGCCAGAGGCCCAGCCCGUCCUUCCACCCCGUUUAGCCUCCUAACUAGGCUCUCGGACGUGACCAAAAAAAACCCCCCCCAGAAGCUACGGCGAGAUAGGGCCAGCUCGAAAUACACAGGAGUAGACGAAUGGCUGACGUCGCUAGCGCGUCUAUGCAAUAGCUCAAAACUCCACUUGUUAACUCGCUCUGGCUUGCCAGAACGGGAAAGCCGAAGGUUCAGAGGCCUUCGCUCGCUGGGGCUUGGGUGCUCGAAGGCCUCAGAUGGCGAUUUCGCCGACGGUGCUCUUUGUUUGCAAGGCGUCCACGUGUGUAUUCCUAGGCUCGUAAUGCCCCAAAGGGGUCAGGCUCGAAACCCUUCCUUGGUAUCUACUUGUCUACUGCCUCGGCUGUUGUCAUCGCGAACCGAAAUUCGAUUCAAUGGAAUAACCGUACCUAGGUCUUGGAUCACGUACCGGCUUUUCAAAUCCUCACCAUCGUCUAAACCCCUCCUCCGUCCCCUCCGCUCUCACCCCCAAGUCGCCCGAGUUCAGACCAAAAGUACCUCCUUGCGCCGCAUGUACCGCACACACAGGGCGAGUCGAGGAGCGGCAAGCUUCUCGUUCUAGACUGGGCAACGCUUGGCCCUCUCCCUUCCCCCCCGCUGUUAGUUGGCCGCGCUUCGCUUUGGCUCGGUAUGAGUCAAGGCACUAUGUCUGUAGCUCAACCUUUUUGAGAGCGGAGGUUAGAGGGGGAGGGGGGCCAUGUUUGCGGUAUGAGAGUUCCGCUUGGCAAAAAAAUGGAAGUAUCGGGUCACGAUAGUCGUAAGCAGAGCGGCGUCCAGGCGUCGCUAUAAGUAUCGUGGUACCCCGGAAGGGCCCUCUCUCCGUCAACCAGAUCCUAU